GGGGCCGAAAACCGAGCCGACAAACUGUCUGCGCAACUUUACGCACGCACCGAAGCGGAUCCCCGCACCACCAGAACCCGGCGUUCUGCAUUUUUCCCCCGUCCUCACAUUUAAAACAUGCACAUUUACUCCAAAUUUGCGUGCGCGGUGGCCACCGGCGUUUUUUGACACUCCGGGACCUUUACGCAUCAUACACACGCGCACACGCUUUUUUAAAGUCACAUUCCCGCAGAGGAGCUACGUGACCGCGCUCAUUCUCAGCUUUUCACGAAGCAGGAAGCAGAUGACUUGGAAGUUCCCAGUCAGCAUCUUUUUCUCUGGGCGCUGUUGAACUUUUCCUUGGAUUGUUUUGGCGCGCGUCGCUGUGCGCUCGCAGAAAUGAAAGUCGCUUUUGUCGCUCAGCUGGCGGUGGCGCUUCAGCUGCUGCUCUCACCUCUGCAGAGUGUGACAUUGCCAAGUGUAAACAGUACGUCUGAAGUGCUGAUGUUCCAACAAGUGUGGAGGCGGAGCUACUGCCGGACCAUCGAGAAACUGGUAGAAGUGGUGCAGGAAUACCCGACGGAGGUGGAGCACAUUUACAGCCCUUCCUGUGUGCCCCUGGUGCGGUGUGCAGGUUGCUGUGGGGACGAGAACCUCGAGUGCCAUCCAACCCACACCACAAAUGUCACCAUGCAGCUGCUGAAAAUCAGGCCAGCAGAACCGGGUCAGGAUUAUGUGUCGAUGACAUUUGUGGAGCAUCAGCGAUGUGAAUGUAGAGUCAGGAAACUCAUCGUGAAGGCUGACCGGAAACGAGAAAGAGGAAGAGGAAGGAAGAGGAAGGAGAAACAAAAAAAUAAAGACUGUGACAGGUGUCAGAUCCCUCGUAGGUAACUGCGGUUGUAACCCUGAGCCUGUUCCAGCGUGGCUUAUGUUUAAUUCCCAGCCCAGCAAGUGCACCGAGAGUCUUCAUCACUCUUCUAUCAAUAACUGUGUGUGCAGCCAGAUUCUCAGACAGCUGGUCCUGUUGAACGGCCUUCCUGCUGAUGGGCAGAGCAGUUAUUUGUUUUGUUGUUGUUUUUUUUUUUUAAAGACAAGGUUCAAAGGUGACCGGUGGAAACACUGCUGUUACUCCCGACACAAUGGAGACCCCUGGGAACCUGUGCAAUUUUGGACCAAACAGACUGAAAUACUGAGACCUUUUCUCAUUUAUACUUAUCACUUAUUGUCUUUUUGUCUAUUUGGUAUUUAAAGGUGGCUACUCCUUUAUAUAUAUAUAUAUAUAUAUAUAUAUAUAUAUAUAUAUAUAUAUAUAUCCAAGAACAUUACAAAGCCGUGAAGUGCCUAGGCUUCAUAUCUGGGCCCCAAAGUGCAACUAUUCUGCAGAUGCAACAACACAGUGUCGCCCUCUAGUGUUAUGUACAAUUAUUUUAUUCUAUACCUGCUUACAUCAAGGGUCAUGGGGGUGGUGUAGCCAGACUAUAGCAGGGCCACAUACACUUGGAUGAACUCACUCACACCUACGGUUAAUUUUUAGUUAACAAUUCAUCAAACCUGGAUGUCUCUGGAAGGGCGAUGAAGCCGGAGCACCUGGAGGGAACCCAUGCAAACAUGUGGAAGAACAUGCAAACUUCACACAGAAAUGACCAGGUGGGAAGCGACCCCAUGACCUUCUUACUGUGAGGCAACAGUAGUAACCACUAAUCCACCAUGCAGCACCUUUAUUCUCUUCAAGUUUGCCAGGAAAAAAAAGAGACUGAGUCAUAAUCCAUAACAGUUUGAAACUUAAAUAUCAACUAUGAUUCUGUGUUGAUUCUCUGAAUCCUGUGACAACAACCAGUAUUUAUCUGAAAAUGAGUUUAUAUGUGAAUAAACACUGUGAGCAGAUAAUAAAUAUAUAUGUCAUAUUGUCAAAGGUUUAAAGUUUUGUAAGAAUGUUAGAAGGAAGAAUACAGCUGGGAUUUUAUGUUUUUUUUAACUUGUUUGUGACAUCAAAUCAAAAUAAAAACAAGAAGGGGCAC